AUGGCCUCGGACUCGGGUGCGGGCGCGGUGGAGGCGACGGCGGAAGCGCGAGCGACGGUUGGCGCGCGGCGACGCGACGCGACGCCGGAGGACGCCCGAGCGGCGACGAGGGAGCUCACGGUCUCGGAUGCGUGGCGAUCGACGUCCGGGGCGAGGGCGACACGAACACGAAGAGAGACGAUGGAAAAUGCGAGACGCGCGGCGAACGAGGCGCGGAGCGCGCUGCUGAGGACGUUGAGCGAGGACGCUCUGUCAAAGGUUUGCGACUUCUUGUCGGCAAAGGAUUUGGCCUCGCUAGAGUGCACGAGCGCGUACUUUUAUCGGCCGACGCGACGAAACGACCGUGGAUUGGGAAUAUGCGAGAGAGCCGCCCGAAUACGCGCGAUUCGGGCGCCAAUCGUGGACAUGCCGCCAUUCUAUAGGAACGUCUCGUGGAAAAAGAAACUCAACAUCACAGAGCAGCGAGAAAAUCCGUUGACAUCGCGUGAAUUGUUCGUCGGAAUGUGGGUGAGAGUGAAGCCCAACGUCGACUUUGUCAAGUGCAUGUGCACGCAAGACGUCUUUGGAUAUGCGGUCGGUUGGGAGCCCGGCAUGGAAGAAACGUGUGGAAAGUGCUACCGCGUGUGCAUCGUGAGCAAUGAUUUCCGUUCAACUCCCGUCGUUGGGUUGUCGGUGGCGAAAGGUCUCGUCGCAAUCACGCAAAGUACGACGCCGACGUAUGGAUGGUAUUUUCCUUUCGAGGCGUUAACGAGAAUUUAA